UCGGUAACUUCAUGUGGAGGACGCGCCGCCAGCGCCAUGGAGUUGGAGCUCACGGACGAACACCUCGUCCUGAUCCUCUCGUGGCUGGUCUUGACCAGCUUCCCAGCCUGCGCAGCGGUAGCCAGGCGAUGGCACAACUCCUCGGCGCUGGGCUUUGCGAAGCAGCUGCUGUGGCGCUCGUCUCACGACUGCUGCGAGAUAGAACUGCCGGCUUCCAGACAACUGGGUGAUGGCUUCGUGACAUUUUUAUCUGAUGGCAGCGCUCUGAUCUUGGCUGCGGCCCACGAGGAGCAUAGCAUAUUGACCUUUCUUCGUCCCGAUGGCGCUGCGAAUUUGCAGGAGCAGACCAGGCGGCGGUGGCCCUACGCCCGACUGCGCAGCAGUGUGGCGGGGCUUGUUGGCUACGCGGGCCAAGAAAUCGCCUUCUUCCCCGCGGCGGCGGGGAACAGAAGUACAUGGUCAAGCAGGAUGCAGGUCAUAGGCCGAACUCACCAGAAUAUUCUGCACUGCGGCGAGCACCUGUUCCUCCUUUGCCAUGGCAACUGGUGGCAAGACCCGCGGCUCUUUGCGGAUGUUCUGGACCUGCAAGAGGGCGGCUGUGAGAGGAUCAACAUCACAAAGUUGCGCGACGACAUGGCGGAACUGCUGGGGGAUGAGGAUGCCCGCCGUCAAGCUGUGAGCUCCACAAGAGACCACUUUGUGUUCCAUGUGAACACCUCCAAUGGCGCCAAAGUGGUCGGGGCCGUGCGCCCACCAAAGUCAAAAGGAGGAACGACCGCAGAGGCGCCUGUGAGCUUUGCCAAGAUUUGGCCAAGUGGACAUCCAAUGGCGCAGCUGAGGGAGCCCCGGGAGCUUCCAGUUGAGGACCACCUCCUCCUCUACAGCGGUUGGCAAAGGAACGGCCUUAGCAUUUGCCUGCUGGAUGCUGCAAGUGGCCACGUGCGGGCGCAGCUUUUGCGGCCGGCGGGCAUUUCGCGGCAGCUCUUUGCGGAGCGCGACUUAGGGGCAAUUGCUGCGUGUCUCAAGUUUGACGUCAUUUGCGCUUGCGCUGCAGCCCCGAAAGGCUUGCAUCCCCCGCCAGUAGUUGUGUGGGAUUUGUCCUCUGGGCUUGUGCUGCGCGAGUUUUGUCAUGAGGUGCAGCCAGCUGCAGUCAUCCUGCCAGCAGCACCUGAUGAAGCAACCGGCGGUUACAAUUUCAGUGUGGGGGAUGUGGUGGAGUGCUUCACAGGAGAUGGCUGGCAGCAAGGACAAGUCACGCAGCAGGAUUUCCGGGAAGCAGAUUGGCCAGUUGGAAUCACUGUACCUUACCAGGUGCGGUUGGCAGGUGCGGCUCCAGGGCUUGUCUAUGUCCCGCAUGAUCUUCCCCGGCUCAUUCGCCCAGCUACGAACUGGCAGGCUUACGAAUCUGGAGAAGUAGAAAUCCAAAUUGCUAUACAUCCAACGCGACGCUGUAUCAUGAUUGGUCUUUGGAAACAGUUCGGUGGGCGUGUGCAUUGCUUUGAAGUUGUGCCGACUUAGAUGCCGACUUCUUGAACGAGGGAAGGCUUUCAACAGCUGAGCCACAAUCAAGCCCAGGUAGAGGAAGG